AUGACGGAAGAGUUCGAGAAGUUUCUUCUGCUAUUCUCCGGCUGGCCAGCGCCCGCGUUGGUGCUGAUUGUCAUCGUAUUCUGCAAACUCCUUACUGAGUUCGCCUGCAACUCCUGCGUGGCGCACGUUAUGCUUCCGCAUAUUGCUAAAUUGAGUGUAAUGUCAAAAGUAAAUCCUCACUAUCUGAUGUUGGCAGCAACGCUCUCUACAUCUCUUCCCUUCCACUUGAUGACUGGCACGCCAGCUAAUGCCAUGGUAUUGGCGUACGUUCACGUUCCGCCAAGGAAUAUGUUACGUGCCGGCAUCGGACCUUCGAUUAUAGCAGUGAUAGUAAUAUGGUUCACAGUGACGAUGUGGUCCAAAGCCAUAUGGACCGAGAUCAACUUGUUCCUAAAAUGGGCAGACAUGAAUACACUAGCAUAA